UUAUUUAUGGGCUUUUAUUUGUUCGUAGUUUACGUCACUCAAACCGUGAACUGAACAGUGUGUAUUAAUGGCGCAUGGGAGGUAACCUUUCACAUCACUAGUCAUUCGGUUUGGAGGUGAACGCUGCUGUGUGAUUUGCUGAAGUGCUAUAAGAAACAAACAAAAGACAACUGGUAUCAUGGCAGAACAAAUAGAAGAGACCAGCAUACAGAUGGAGAAUGACUACAUGUGGUGCAGUCAGUCAUCCGAUUGUGAUGAAGGAGCUAGCUGUUCUAACCGAGUUGUUCCAGAUCUACCUAGCAGCAUUCUUUUGGAUAUUUUCUCUUAUCUCCCCAUGAUGGAUCUGAUCAUGGGAGUGCGUUACACAUGCAGGCAUUGGAGUGAUUUAAGUUACCAUAGCAGCCUGUGGCGGCGUAUCAAUCUUGCUGAUUCAGGUUUUAAGGACUACAUGUUUGAGGCCUUGUUACAAGAAGUUGGCGAGGCUGUAGAGGAACUGAAGAUUGGUGAUAGCAAUAGCAUAUCUUCAGCUGGUAUUGUCCAUAGCAACAUAUUCUGCCCCAAUCUAAAAAAGAUAGAUCUGUCUGUUUCAAAUUUUGCAAAUGCACGGACAGUAGUUUCUUUGGCUCAGAAAUAUCCUACACUGCAAGGGCUAGAUAUUACACUUUGUUCUAGCAUUAUGCUUCGUAACUGCCUAGGUGCCAUAUCAUCCCUUAGUGACCUACGUUUCCUUGCUAUUGAAGACUUCCAUGAAGCAGUGCAUGAUGGUUCUGCAUGGUGUAGUCAGCUUUGUAAGGCUAUUCACCAUUGGCAAGCUCUGCAGCAUUUUGUGUUUGACUGCAUGAUAAAUGACGAAGUGAUCAAGACUAUUCUGACAUAUUGUACAAAACUUCAGGUCUUGGAGCUCAAGUCCUGGAUAGAUGAAAAUGACUUGUUGCCAAGUGCUUUUUCGUGCAGAUCCCCCAAUCUUACUCUUCACACACUAAAGCUGAAAGGCUCAGGAGUAAUGGAUGCUCAUUUAAAAGUAAUAGCUGACAAUUUCCCAAACUUGCAGCAUCUGGGAAUUUUCUCUGAAGCAGUUACACAUGUAGGUAUAAAUGUUUUGCUUUCAAAGUGUAAACAUCUUCAAGCUCUAGGUAUGGAAAGUUCAGAGAGAUCACUGGAGCAUGGGCCAGCUGUGACACUGUCAAAUGAAUCCCCCAAAUCACCAUGUUUGGGCAGCACAGCACUUAAGCAGUUGUGGGUCAGCUGGCCAUCAGAGCUGAAUGACUCUGACAUUCUAAGUCUUGCCCAAAGGUCACCACAUCUGACAGUUCUGGAACUGAACUGCUGUCCAGUGACUGCAAGAGGGGUAAAAUCACUGGCAGACAACUGUCCUCAUCUCAGGUUCCUCAACAUCAAUGACUCUUCCACACUGACACAGCAAUGUCUUGGCUACCUGUUGAGCAGAUGUCGCAAGUUGAUCACAUUGAUACUUGAUAAUGUUGAAGCGGAUGUGAAUGAAAUGUGUGCGACAAGUGAAUUAGAUCUUGGAGAUGUUCUGGCUUGUGACCGUACUACAUUUAAAACCUUCAUGCAGGGUCCACUUUCUUGUCUAAGUAAUAUAACUUUACUGCCACCUCACCAUGCUGACCUCUCAGGAAACGUGGCCAGUGUUGUAGACUCAUGGCAGGAAGACAAAAUAAAUUUAACAGAACACACCUUGCUUACAGCACCCAGCUACUGUGUGGUCAAUUGUGGAGAGACUGUGUCCUUAUCGGUGACUUGGCUUGACAAAGUAUGUCAUGCACUGAACUGCUCAAGUGAAGAACAAGACACAUACUUGUCAUCAAACUUCUUCCGUCUAACUGAGCUGCUGUGUGAAUCUUGUGCACAGUUCCAACUAGAGAAAAAACUGGAUGGGGCAAACAACAGCCACACAGAAGUGUUAGAUUCACUGAUAGGGCGGCAGUGUUGCCCUCUGCCAUGUUACUGCUCAAGGAGAAUGCCUGUCAUGGAUGUCAGAGCUUUUCACUGUCACUUAACCUCACUUCAUCUUGGGCCCUGCAGCUUCUUGCAAGACAGUGACCUACAGCAGAUUGCAUUUGCAUGCCCAGACUUGCAAAACUUCAGCAUUAGACACUGCAGCUCAAUAACUGAUGCAGGUUUUAUAACUCUCUUCAAAUGUUGCCCUCAGCUUUGCAACCUUACCUUGGAAUCCUCAUUAGGCUUUAGGGGUGUAACAGACAAGACCAUCUUGGGUGCAGGCCAGCAUGGGAAGUCUCUACGCAUUCUGAGCAUGCCUGACUCCCAGUUUACCAUGGGGGCAAUAAUCACCACGUUGUGUGCAAUCCCUGACCUGAGAGUGGCUAAUGUUGGGGUCAUUCCAUGCUGUGCAGCUGGAGAGCUAGACCAGAAGGAACUUUCUGAGAAAGUUAAGCAAAUUUUUCAUCGCCGAAUUCAGUACAAGACAUCAGUCCAUCCAAAUUUUAAGAUUAAAUUUUCUCAGAGUGGCAACUUGGGCAAUAAAUUUACUUUUUCAGUGUAUUUCUAGUUGUGUAAACAUUUUAUACUUUUUGGGUUGCAAUUCGACUGCAUUCAGAAUGAAAUACCAUUUUGAAUAAUAAGUAAAAAUGAUAAUAAGUCUUAUGACCUUUUGGUAAGGGAGAUGUUAGAGACAGAACUUAAUCAUGGGCCCAGUUUUUGUAAGGGAGGUGCUCUUUUCCUCUGCCUCACUGCUAUUCCUAUUCCUUCCUCAAAUUGUUUAAGAGGUUAACCCAUUGAACAGAUAAAAAGUAUGUUGUAUCAAGUGGGUAUCAAUCUUGUUAAUGACUAUUCACUUCCCUAUUUUAAAGUUAGUGAUAUGUUUUCUGAACAAUUCUGCACUGUAGGCAUCAUUCAACUCAAUAGCUCUACAUUAAAAUACUCAUUCCAGAUGUUUGCAGCUAUGUAGUGCUGAAUGUGUUGUGGUUGUCAUAAAAGUGCUCAAAUUCCAGAUACGACUAAAGAAGAUAAUUUUUUUGUUUACAUCAUAGUUCCAUGUAUUUAACAACAACAUUGAAUGUCAAGCACUUCUGUGCCAAAUGUGUGGCCUACCUACCAUAAGGCCUUAACAUUUUCAUGUUUGAGCAGCACCACAGAGCCCAUUCUUGGAUUUCAUGGUGCCUUGUGUCUGUAGAAUUGGUGCUGCAAGAAUGCUGCUAACAUGGUAGCGAGAAUCAGAUUCUAAACCAGUGGUUCUUAACCGGGGUUCGAUCGAACCCUAGGGGUUCGGUGAGUCGCUCUCAUGGGUUUGGCAGAGCCUCCGCCACAGAGGUCAAGACAUACCCUCAAUUCGUGAUGACACUAAAGAAGGAUUCGGUGAAUGUGCAUAUGAAACUUGUGGGUUCGGUACCUCAAACAAGGUUAAGAACCACUGUUCUAAACCAAAUCAUUUACCUGAUGUAGGCAAGUUAAAACUAUCUGAUAGACGUCAACAGGUGCAACUUUGUGUCUUCUCAGUAAAUAUUUGGGCACAUGUUGAUGAAAGGUUUGGAUUAGAAGUGGUAUAUUGGACUCUAGUAAUUAAGUAAGAAUACAUUGUUUCCCUAGGGCAAAAUGGGAAACGAGGAAAAAGGUCUUGUUUUUUGUAGUUACAGUGUGCUGUCCUAAUCUUGUGGACACUACUUUAUGUUUCUUUAUCCCGAGGUAUCUUUGCUUCAGGGAUAAAACAACAUCUGCAAGGUCUGCACACAGCUUUAAACUUUGGAAGCAUUGUUUUUCCUUGGAUUUCCCAUGUUGCCCCAGCCCAGAGACUUCACCUCGCUUCAUAGCUACAGUCCCUGAUGGUUUUUGAAAACAACUCCACGUUCUAGCUGAUGGUGAACAGAUAUAUUAAAAAACAAAGACUGGCACUUACUGGCAGAUAGUAAGCAGAUGAAUCAGCAGCAAGCAUGUUGGUGUAGCUCCCAAUUGUACAGUCAUAUCACCUACACUUAGUGAGGAAGAGGCAACAUUAAAACUCAUCAAAUGAGGGAACAGGAUAUCUGAAGAAAAUAUUUGGAACUUUUUUUUCUGAAUAUGCCAACUCUAUGGCUGUGUAUGCCUUGUAUUGAACGAUGAAAGAUCAAAUAAAAUGGUGACCAAAGAGAUACUAGGUAAAAAAAUAACAAAAUAACUCAAAAAUGGUGAUCCAACCAAAUUAUAUGAAUCAUACACAUGCCAAACAUAUGUCUUUUCAAACUUGUGAAUUUUAUUAAUGUAAUUAUGAUAAUGUUUAUGCAUUUGUUAUGACAAAUUCAAGAACAAUACAUACAAAAGUAGUUUUUGUUUUGAAGGCACAUUAGAAAUAUCUAUGGUUUUGAUCAGAAAAGGAGAUUUUAUGGGUGUUUAAAAAUUGUAUUUACGGCACGUUGAAAUCAUAGCGAGGUGGAUUAGACAGAUACACACUACAUGCCAAGUUGUCACAAAUCAGUCAUGCUUCAGUUAGUAAAAACCAAUUUUUAGAAACACUGGUUUCGUGAAGACACUGUAUGUGGCCUCAUUUUGUAAUUUGUUAUUGUACAAAUCCUGUGAAUGUCAUUGGCUCUCAGUAUAGGUUUAUGCAAAGAGGAAACAGGUUCAUUUUAUGAAACUGUCAAGUUUUUGCAGGGUUAUUUCUUUGACAAAGCAUACUAUCUGAAUUGCUAACUACAAAUAAGUAUCUGGUAAAUCCAUUGAGGCAUGAAAAAAUGUUGUUCAGUGGAAAUCUGGCACGAGAAAUAUCAAUGGCUCAUCUCCUAAGCCUUAGAUUGACUUUGCUCAGUUUAUUCUUGAUUCUUGAGCGAAAAGUUUAAGUGGUAGACAUUGUGUUUAAUAAAUCUGUGAUUAUCUUGGCUUUUUCAUCUGGCUGCAUCCAGGAUCAUGUGAGGAGAAAGGCAGUUAUCCUCAGGGUUUUUGUGGAAGUUUGUUAUGUGAUUAAUAUAUCUUCCAAUGAGGCAUUCAGUCCUUGUGCUAUCUUCUUUAUGAUGCUUAAAGAGCAGCUUGUGCUCUAUUUUCUACUGAAUUGCAAGGCUUUUAGUGUGGUUGUAGAAUUACAAAAGUUGUAUAAGAAUCUAGCCCAUGAUUAUUAAGAUAUGUUCCUUUCCACAGUGGUCUGGUGUGUAUGAUUAAUUUGCAAGUCAUUUCAUUCUUAAGUGAUUUAACUACCAGCAUGUUAGACAAUAACGAAAGACAACAGGCUUGGUGCAAUGAUGUGAUCAUUAUGAUAUUUGUAGGAUGUUUUGUUUGAAGAGUAAAUAUUUGUGCAACUUGUCCUUACCAGGAGGUUACAAAAUCAGGUUUUAUAUAGUACUAGCUCUGUAGUAGCUGAAAUUUGUUGUAAUAGCAGUGUGUGAAGUGUAUUAUUUAUUAACAAGGUUGUUAUUCACAUUAUUGUGGGCUUGUAGUGGGGAAUCUUUUGAGAAAAGUGUGCAAUAAGGCUGAUCGAGUUUUCAAGAUAUAUGCUGCAUCUAUUAUGUUGUACAUUUUUUUGGUAAUGAUAAAUAUGGUUCAUGUGACUCAGGAAAAGAUCUUUCCAUAUCAAGCAGACCUGUCUUCUGGAGAAGAUGAGGGAUUUCCAUGUACAUUAGAAUAUGAUUUGACAUCUUUACUCAAAUGUCUCACACUCUACAAUCCUUGUUUUUUGUAUUAUGAGGAACAGUGAUGAUAAAUUCUGUGCAUUUCAUUUAUCUUAUGGGUUAUGUUGAACUUUAUUUAAGAUUUGUUUUAAAAAUAUGCUUAGUUAUUGUAAUACAAUUCUGCCAAGUCAUUAUUUCAUCUCAUAGUUUU